GCCAUGGAAGAGGAGAAGCCUAAGGCACCGCCUGCCCACAAGGCGCUCGCGACUGGCCACAACCUCUCUCACCCCGAUGCUCACGUGACGUGGGAUGAGGAGACGAUCGCGCUGCACAAUCUGGACCGUGGCACACGCAUGAAGAUCGACGAGCCCAACACUCCCUAUCAUUACUAUGCCGAGGGUGACGGCGUGGGCGCCGUGUCACCCGCUCGAAGCCUCUCAGGCCGCGAGGCGCAGCCUCCAAUUCAGUGGGAAGAGCUGCAGUCCAAGCUGCAAGGUGUCAAGGACAACAAAAAGAGUGAAUGGGACAGCGACGAAGAAAGUUCGAGCUCUACUUCAGGAGCACAACAAUUCGCCGCUCGGGACGCUGAGGGAAAGAAAAUCCAAAAGGACCCGGACUUCUCCGAGAAGCGUAAGAUGCACUACAAUGAGUUCGAGAGGGUUCGAGCCUGGAAGAUGCAACACGCAGACGAAGACGACGAUGAAGACGAAGAGAAGAAACACACUCAGUAGACUCGUUAGACUCAGUAGAAUGAGCUCGAUCUACGAAGUAUUUUUAAUCUUUCUUUUUUCUCUUGCCGUAUGUA